GGGGGCGGGGACGCUGGACGCUGGAGUGGUGCGGCCCGCGGCGGGGAGGAGCAAAGAUACAGUGAAACAUUAGAAGAGAAGGAACAAAGUCAUGGAAAAGAAAUAAAGGUGUGACAGACACAGCAAUUAGUGAUCUGGCAACAUUAUGUGACUGACAGAUUGGAUGGAUGUUUUGAUUUGAGGAUGCUUUGCAUUUCUCCUUCACAGAACUCAAAGCCCUUUAGAAAAAUAGUCUAAUGGUCAUUGGGAUGACUGAUCUUCAUCAAGCGAGCGACUGUGAUUGCAAUACAGAUCCAGGAGACAGACGCUCACCAUAUCAAAGGCAUUUUAGACAGACAAGGUGUCCCAGCUUAUACACCAGACGUGCUUCUCAACAUGUGAACCCAUCAGACUGCUGAGCAGAAUGGUGCAGCUUUCCUUAUAAGAUGGAUUUCAGACUUCAUAGAGCUACCAGGAAUAUAUGAACUGACAUUUGAUACAAUUUACUGUGAAGAUUUGUUUUGCUGAUGUCGUUUUCGUAUGUGUCAUGCACAGAAAGGAGCAAAGCAGACCAAAAAGAGGAAAGUUCAGAAAAGGACCUCUCUAAGGACUGGCAGUCGGUUUGCGUUACAGAGACCCAGCAUGAAUAUUAACUGUGCCAGUGGGACUGACCAGUCAAGAAAUCAAGAGUCCAGUCACUCUGCAGAAAAUAUAACUCCUCCAAUCCAUGAUCCAGAAGAAGAUAGUCAGACCCCUAACAUUUCUUCAGUGCCCAGGAAUGAUGAUACCGAAUUCAGAUACGCUUCCUGCCCAGCAACUCCCCAGUUGAGUAACAUGUUACCCACCUCUGAAGAUACAACUGGCACUAAUUCCAAAGCUGGGAGUAAAAGACAUCUAGACCAUUUUAUUGCUCAAGAACGAAAUGCAAGCAGCGCUAUGGGCUCUACCAGUAGUUCACAAACCCAGGCCCCGGAGAAAGUGACUCUUGUUGUAGAUGGCACUCGGUUUGUUGUGAAUCCGCAGAUUUUCACUGCUCAUCCUGACACCAUGCUGGGAAGAAUGUUUGGAGCAGGUAGAGAAUAUAACUUCACUUGGCCAAAUGAAAAGGGAGAAUAUGAAAUUGCGGAAGGAAUUAGCUCCACGGUAUUUCACACAGUGCUGGACUAUUACAAAACUGGAAUGAUUCACUGCCCCGAUGGAAUUUCUAUCCCUGAUCUCAGAGAUACGUGCGAUUACCUCUGUAUCAACUUUGAUUUCAACACAAUCAAAUGUCAAGACCUAAGUGCUUUGUUGCAUGAACUCUCUAAUGAUGGCGCUCACAAGCAGUUUGAUAACUACCUGGAAGAGCUUAUUUUGCCCAUAAUGGUGGGUAGCGCCAAGAAAGGAGAACGUGAAUGCCACAUUGUAGUAUUAACAGAUGAAGACACAGUGGACUGGGACGAAGACCAUCCACCUCCAAUGGGAGAGGAAUACUCACAAAUUCUUUACAGUUCCAAGCUGUACAGAUUCUUCAAGUACAUUGAGAACCGUGAUGUUGCAAAAACAGUCUUAAAGGAGCGUGGGCUGAAAAAUAUUCGAAUUGGCAUUGAAGGUUAUCCCACAUGUAAAGAGAAGGUCAAGAGGAGAUCCGGAGGCCGGUCAGAAGUUAUAUACAACUAUGUACAACGGCCAUUCAUCCAGAUGUCUUGGGAAAAAGAAGAAGGAAAGAGCCGUCACGUUGACUUCCAGUGUGUUAGAAGCAAAUCUCUAACAAACCUGGUGGCAGUAGGUGAGGAUGUUUCAGAAGACCAGGAACUUCUGAUGCAUCAUCCACCCCAGGUAGACGAACUCGAUAGGUUAAACGCACCAUUCUCACAAAUAGUUCCUAAUGAUCUGCCGGAUUCGUAGAGACUAAGGGGUUUGUGGGUUCCCAGUAGCGCUCCUGUGUUGGGAAAUUUCUCAGCAUCAUUUCAUCCCAGGACAUGGGACACGCUGUCUUGCAAGGUGGUUUAUCCUUGUAGUCGCUCUUAUUAUAGUGGAAUAUUUCAAGCAUGUUAAUAAUGAGCUAUGGUCCCUAAAUCUAAUGGUGCAGUUGCAAGCACAGUCUCCUUGAAAAGGAAGGGAUGGAAGCUCUUCCUGGCUGGAAGUUUUGAGAUUUCCCCAGGUGCCUGUGUCCAUGUGGAUUGGUGGUGAUUGAGCUUUACCUAAA